AUGGAGAAUUCGAACUUUAGCGACUUGUUAGAUCCUUAUCCAAGUUAUUCGUCAGAUGAUGAAGAUGAAGAAGAAUUGGAGGAAAUACGGAGGGAGCAAGAUGAGAAGGAAUGGAUGGCUUUGUGCCAAAUAACAGGUAAAUUAAUUUUGAUGUAUUACAAAAAAUACCUAUGUAAGGAACCUUGUCGUACAUCUAGUCGCUCUGGAAAUGCAUUUAUUCAAGAGAUAUUAAGAGGAAACGAGACUCGUUGUUAUGAAAAUUUUCGAUUGAGGAAGUCGGUGUUUGUUGAUUUAUCGAAUGAUUUAGCUGAAAAGUAUGGGCUUAAACCCACACGCGGAAUGUCUAUACACGAGAUAUUAGGCAUGUCCUUGAUGACUUGUGCACAUGGAGCUGGAAAUCGAUUGAUACAGGAAAUCUUUCAACAUUCGGAAGAAAUAAUUUAUAGACACUUUCAUAGUGUUUUAAAGGCCAUUUGUGAACUUGCUAGAGAUAUUAUAAGACCACAUCCAAAUUAUAAUGAUGGUGCAGGAGCUCACAAGCCAUGUAACGGUCGAUAUCUCCCUUUCUUUAGAGAUUGUAUUGGAGCACUUGAUGGCACACAUGUUAAAGCAAGAUUACCGCAAGGUCAAGAGAAACCAUAUAUUGGACAUAAAGGUUAUCCGACUCAAAAUAUUCUUGCUGUCAUAGAUUUUAAUAUGUGUUUUACAUUUGCAUGGGCUGGGUGGGAAGGAGCAUCUCACGAUAGUCGCAUAUUUGGUGAGGCCCUUCGUAGACCAGAACUCAAUUUUUUACGUCCAAUUGGAAAUAAGUAUUAUCUAGUUAAUGUAGGAUAUCCGCACAUGAAGGGAUACAUGGCUCCAAACAAAGGAGAUAAUGUGAGAUACUACCUAGCACAAUUCCGCCGCGGUGCAACAAGAGAAUUACGUGAACCAAGAGGACAAAUUGAAAAAUUUAACUAUUUGCAUUCUUCUUGUAGAAAUAUUGUAGAGCGCACAUUUACGGUUUGGAAAGCAAGAUGGUCUAUUUUGCGAGACAUACCCUUCUAUCAAAUUGACACUCAAAGAGACAUCGUACUUGCUACUAUGGCCAUUCAUAACUAUAUUAGAAAGAAAUGCAAUAUGAAUGAUGCAUUCCGAGGAGCUGAGAAUGAGCUAUAUGUUCCAUCUGUUGAUCCUGAUGUUGGUACAUCUUUGAGAACUAAUAACAAUAUAAAUGCGAAAAAUGUGAAAGAGCAAAGUGAUCUCGUUUGGAUGGGUCUUCGUGAUUUGAUUGCUAAUGAAAUUUGUGAAGCUUGA